UGUAGACGAAAUUUUGUGUAAAUUUUUUGGUAGAGAAAAAUUAGAGUCAAGACGGGCGCACGCUUUGACAGCAUCAUCCAUCCUUCACAUAGAGAUCGGCAGCUCCACAAGCAGCUCCAGAAGCAGUCAGUCAGUUGGUAAGGUCGAGCAGGGAGAAGCUGAGAAGCUGCGUGCACAUGAAUGCCAGGCACAGGAACACCAACACCAACACGAACACGCCGCUGUUUGACUUGCCUCCGCCUCGCAGCAGAAUGCCGAGCACACAGCGCACCUUGUCGGAGGCCACGGCCAUCCGUCUGUUCAACAGCGUGGUCGGCAGCGCUGGUAACCCUGGCAACACUGGCAACACUGCCACGACCCCUGAAAAUGCGACUGCGACUGGAUGUGGCAAUGCCUGCGGCAGUGGCAGCAAUAAUGUGACUACUCUGGGUGUGCUCUCACAGAUCCCAGCGCCCGCAUAUACCUUACAGGAGAGCGUUCAUUCCGCGAAUGAGUUUGGCAACUCGUGUCGCAUUUGUCGCUGGAAUCGGAGCGAUAUGGAGAUUAUCAGUUGUCCUUGCAAUUGCAAGGGCAGCGUGGGCUACAUACAUAUGAAAUGUCUGAAGCGCUGGAUCAUGCAUCAACGCGACAAUCGCUGCGAGAUAUGCCACGCCAUCUACGACAUCUCAGAGGAUCGCCUCAGUUUCAAGCAAAUGCUGAAGACCUUUUGCUGUGGUCGCUGCUGUGGCCUGAUUGUGAAGCACUUGCUGUUCAGCGCCUCGCUCAUGCCCCUGGCCCACGUGAUCCUGCAGCAGGUACUCCAGUGCAUGGACAAUCUCAAUCAGGGCAGCACCGAACAGCUCAGCGUGCAGGAGGUUUUUGUGGCCUCCUGCGCGUUGCUCACCUCGAGUGCUCUGUUCUUCCACUUCUUCGAAUUUGUGACCACGCGCUGCCUCCUCAUCCGGAAUAUUUUGCGGCACUGGUGGAUGUUCGGCAGCACCAGCGACUAUGCUCUCGUGGAAAUCGAUGACGACUCCAUAGACCUGUUUUAACAGGACUACAAAACAGGAUAACAAAACAAUAGAACCAAGCUUUAGACGCUUUAGACUUUUAUAUAUUGGAUAACAAAAUUGCAUUAAUAAAAUAGAAUCGGUGAUACGUUAUA